AUGAAUAGAGCAGCAAACUUGUAUCCCGGUUUGAAUGAUAUAGCGGAUGUUCUUGAAGAAUUCCCCGUCCAAACAUCAAGAUACUUGACACUUUUACAUGAGAUAGAUGCUAAAUGUGUUCAUUCCAUGCCACUUUUGAAUUCAAACAUUGAUUCAUUUUUAAGAGAGAAGAAGAAGAAGAAAAAUGCUAAAUCAGGUGUUAUGAAGAAUGAAACCAAAGGUAAUAAAUUGAGAGAUAUAAAUGAAUUAUUUGAAGAAUUAAUGCCAUCUUUAGAGGAGAAAAUGCAUGUCUCUUCAAUUAUGUUGGAAUCAUUAAAGAAAAUGACUACAAGGAUGGAACUGGCUUACGAAGUUGCGUUGAAAAAUGGUGAAAUACCUGAAACGUUAAGAUUGGGUGUGAAUAAUCAUCCUGCUAUGCAUUUACAUAAUGAAUUAAUGGACAAGAUUGAAAAUAAGACCAAUAGUAAAUCAUCACAGGCAUUAAAGAGUGAGUCACGUAGAGAAGCUAUGGCUGCAAAUAAGAAAAAUGUUACGGAAAAAGGUGGUAGUGCUGAACGUGCAAAUAAUACCAACACAAAUAAUUCUAGAGCUGAUACUCCUCAGAAUACAAAUCCUAGGAAAAGAAAUAAUACAUCUACUAACAAUGAUACUUCGACAGCUAAUGGCGGUGAAACUAGGAAACGUAAGAGAAGAGCAAAUAAUAUUACUACCACGCCCAAUACAACAAAUACGACAGCAGCAUCUUCAACGACGACGACAACAACAACAGGAGGGGGUAAAGUCAAGAAAUCUAACGCCACCACUACAGUAUCGAUUGCUGCUCUACCCAAAUAUAAUGAAAACGGUGAACCUUUAUAUUGUUAUUGUAAUCAAAUAGCAUAUGGUGAAAUGGUGGGUUGUGAUGGACCUGAUUGUAAAUUAGAAUGGUUCCAUUUACCAUGUAUUGGAUUGAAAACAUUACCUAAUGGUAAAUGGUAUUGUGAUGAAUGUAAAAAAGAAUUAGGGAAAUAA